AAAAAAAUGUUAAUAAUUGUUUAAUGUUGUUGUCAUUUUUUUUUUGCUCUUAAUUAGUCUUCUUACAUAAAUUUUAUUUAUUUUUAUUGUUUUCAUUAAAUUAAAAAUAUAAAUAAAUAUAUAAAUUUGUCAUUAAAGUCUUAACAAAAGCAGUAAUAAAAACAUAAUUGUAGUAGUUGUAUUAUUUACAUAUUUUACAAUGUGCUACGUUAUUGUGACUGGUCGUAGUUUAUCAUGGCUCCUAAUAAGUUUAGUUGCAUUUAUGUUAAUUUUGACCGGUAUUAUGACACCGAAAUGGUUAAUGGGACAGCCCGUUGUAAUAAAUGAGAAUAACAUAACAGGAUUCUACGUUCCCAGUGUUGGAAUUUACAAUAGAUGUAUACGAAUGGCAAAUGAAUAUAGUGACUGUGGUUCCUUCUCUUUUUAUGGGCUUGCAACUGAAGAUAUUGUGUAUCCUAAGCCUUGGAAAGCGGCCAUGUUCUUUUUAUCCUUAUGUGCAGCUAUCCAGUUCGCGACGGUACUGGCAGGUGUGCUUGCUUGCUGCGUCCAGUCUGUGUUCAAAAAAAGCGUUAUAUCAUUAGCAGGGGCUACUCAGGCUCUUGGAGGUCUAUUUGGAGUGCUUGGCAUCCUGCUGUACCCCUGGGGUUGGGGGGCUGUCCGCGUGAAGAGACUGUGUGGUAAAUACUCAGAGCCCUAUAUGCCUGGGGAGUGUUCUAUAGGCUGGGCACUAUUCGUGACGGCUACGGGCGUAGCACUCAUAUUCCUCGGCAGUGCGCUCUCCAAGCCGGCAGACAAGGCCGCCAAUUCCGAUAAGGUUCAAUUUCAAAUGGACGAAGGCAAACAGCUGAUAUGCCUGGCUUGAUUGCGGACUAUAAGACUGACGCUGCCUAAGAACAUUAAACCCUCCUCCAACAACUGAGGAUAUGUUAUGAAGAAACGACGUUAAAAACUUCAAGAAAAUAAUCUAAGAAAAGGAGCAUAUUCUUUCUUAAAAGUUCGGCGAUGAACCUGCAAUUUCUCUGGUGUUGUUUAUCUGGUCUAUGUGCGGCGGUAAUCACA